CGAUGCAGCGCGGUGGCUCACAACAUAGCCAUCUUGUCAAGAGUGACUGAGUGAGGGAGGUAACUGUUAAGCGCUGUUUAGAUUAUCAUUUGCUCUUCAGCGUGAAAUUAGAGAGCUAUUCUCUCCCCCGACCGUAGUUAGCUUAGGAGAAAGUGGUGCCGACGACUGUGGGCCGCUAAAGGGAGACGCUACACAGGACGGCUUACGGAAAGAUGUCUCUCAUACUUGUUCCGACGUAGGGGGAGUGUGCAGCAGACUGUUGGCUUGAAUUGUUAGCUAGCUCGGUGAGUGGAGGGCUGCGGGCCCUCCUCAGCCUCAAGUAGCUCCUGCAGCUGGGCAACACACUCUGCGACAACGGCCGCUCGACUACUGGACCACCGGGACAUUAGCAGGCCGGUCCGGACCGACCGAGACUCUGGGUCAAUCGCCGUACAGGCUGCUCACAUCGGUGUCAAAAACCGAAUUGCUGGACAAGACGACACGAAGUGUGGCGUUGCGUUAUGAGCCCAUGAAACGCAACAGGAGACCGACAGAGGAAGAGGAUGGCGCAGAUUCAUCUUCAUUACAGUUAGGUAGGCUGAGACAAUAAAUGCUGUUUAAUAUGAUCUAAGCUUUUUUAAAGCUGCAAACGGCCCGUCCCUUUCUGACAGAGGAUAAACAUAGUCAAACGGGAUUUGGGAAUCAGGCUGUCAACAUGUCGAAAAUGCCGGCCAAGAAAAAGAGCUGCUUUCAGAUCACAAGUGUGACUCAGGCCCAGACUGUGGCCGCUACAGGUGCCGCCGACGACACGGAGAGUCUAGACGACCCGGACGAGUCACGGACAGAAGACUUGUCGCGGGCCGAGUACGAGCCUGCGGGUGACAGAAGUUCAUCCGAAGAGGCCCUGAAUAAUGUUGGAGAGCUAGAGGUUGACAGUGUUGUGGCACCACCAAACGUACCUCAAGCCAGUCAGCUGUCGAGUAAUCCCGUUGGGGACUUUCGCAAAGUGGGAGUGUCCGGCUCCUAUCAAGGUGUUCAACAGCCACCAGGGAUCGGCCUUUCAACCGGUUUACCCCUUAUUGCCCAGCCUGGGGCAAUGCAGCAGCAACUGCCUGCUCCCACAGGCAGUGCUGGGCCAGCUGGCGUGUCGGUGAACACAUCCCAGCCUGCAGUGACCAGUUCAGCUGCCCCUCCAGCCACCUCCACGGUGAGUUGCACAUCACGGUUCAGGGUCAUUAAACUUGAUCAUGGUACUGGAGAACCCUUUCGAAGAGGCAGGUGGACGUGUACAGAGUUUUAUGAGAAAGACUCGGAGGGCUCUGUUGUCAGCAGGACUGUAGAUAGCAUAAGACAUACCAGUGUAACGCUGGACCCUGCUGCAGACAGAGACAGUGGGUUGGGGCUUACAGGAGGAUCUGCUGUUGCCCCGGCAACAUACUCAGGUCAGGGCUUGGGCUCCAUGGCAGACACGUCUAUCUCUUCAACUCGCAUGCAUUCAGUGGAGACACUAUCGCAGCAGCAGCAACAAAUCCACCAUCAAAACUACAGCGCCCGGUCUCAGGGUGUUAGUGGGUCAGCAACUCACAGUACUUUCUCAAGCAUCAAGCCUACAGCUGUCCCAGCUCAGGCAGUGGUCGGAGGCCUGCAACCUCCUCCUACACAGACAGUGCUACCUGUUGGGCAAAAUGGCCUGCCUCAGUCUGGUGUCCACACACAGAAGUCCCCCAUCAUGCCUCCCACAGCCCAGCCCAUUGCUUACCCUCAGCAGCAGCAGGUUCCUGUGGGCCACCACCUGACCAGCCAGUCACCUGGACUGAUGCAGAACCAGACUGAGUAUUAUCAGCAACAACAGUCUACUUCCAUGCCACCAGGGCUCGUCACCGGCCAGUCCCUCCCAGUGUCCAGCCCCUCUGCAGUGCCGCAGCCUGUGGGCCAAGGACCCACCACAGUCAUGCCUCCGGCCUCUGGAGGGGCUUCUGUGCCAAGUCACAUUGGAGAUGUUGCCGGAGCAGGCGUGGGAUCUGUUCCUGCUGGACAACCUGCUCCAAGCAUCUUGCAGCAGCAAAUGGGGGGUGCCAUAGGCUCCAUACUGGUCGGCGGAGCCACUCUGCAGCAGCCGACCGUGAGUCCGUAUGCCGCAGCUGGACAGCCUCAACCCCAUGGCCACCUCACGUCCUCUGGUGUACAAAAUGUGCCUGCCAUCGCAGUGAGCUCCAGUGUGCCCACCACUGUGCCCACUGCAGUGCCCAGUGCCUCCAGUGCAGCCAUGCCAAAUGUGACAACCCCCAGUUUGCCUCCAGGACAGAAUCUCCUCAUGAAGUCUCCACUGGCUUUCGGAGCGCAUGGUCUCCCAGCGAUUGGUUUUGGACAGAUGGAGGGUGGAAGGAAGUCAGAGGGACUCAUCAACACACAGUCUCCUGUUGUCUCUGGGAAGGAACCGGUGAAGCCCUUCAUGCCCGAGAGCCUGCAGCUCACCACUCCGACUGUCAACAGCCUAUUUGGAAUCCACAUACCUGUCGACGGGGAGGAGGACAGGAACCCUUCCAAGGCUUUCUACCAGGCCUUCCAGUCUGGCAGCAGAUUAAGAGACUCAAAGGCCCACUGUGAUAGUGCCUCUGGAACCAAUGUUGUUGCCAUUGAUAAUAAAAUUGAACAGGCAAUGGACCUGGUGAAAAGCCAUCUGAUGUAUGCAGUGCGCGAAGAGGUGGAGGUCUUGAAGGAGCAGAUCAAGGAGCUGUACGAGAGGAACUCUGUGCUGGAGAGGGAGAACGCCGUGCUGAAAUCUCUGGCCAACAGCGAGCAGCUGUCUCAGCUGUCCUCCCAGUCGGCCACCAGCUCCGGCGCCACGCCUCCCCUGCAAGGACUCAGCCAGCCGCUGCAGCAGGCCCAGCCGCCGCUUCAAAUUCCGCCUCAGCCGCAGUCACACCCCCAGCUCCAGCACCACCCCAAACCCCAGCAGCUCCAGACUCAGCCCCAACUCGAUCCAGGCCAACAACAACAGCAGCAGCAGCAGCAACAACAACCGCAACCCAACGUCACCUCCGCUUGAAGCAAAUCUGCCCUGCUACACAAGGGGGCAGGAAAAAAAAAAAAAAGAAGAGCAUCUUCUGUACAACUUAUUACAAUUAGUCAUUGUGAAAUUAAAAAAAAAAAAAAAAAAACUUCUUAGCCACCAGCUUGACCACAAAGUACAGUGCUUGUGUGUGUGUGUGCGCGCGUGUGUGUCAGGGGGAGUUAGCAAGCAAGACUGUGAAUUGGUGUUGGAAUGUAAGUGUGUAUGCAUCUGUACUGUGGGCCUUUCCAGUGUUAAUGCAAUCAUCGAGAGAGAGACUGAGACAAAGUGUGUGCAGAUGUGAAGACUGAGCAUCGGGCACGGUCGAGGUGUGUGUUUUCGUUUGUUUUUUUUUUUUUGUUUUUCUCAUCUUGGCUUGUUACCAGUUUGGUUGACUGCUGGGGCCGAAGCUUUGUGGAGAGGAGGUCUUCGCUCGGUCCAGGCCUGAGCCCACACCAAGCCGUGACCUGACCUGACCUGAAUCCCGCUCAGACCGUGGGGGGGGGGGCAGAAAGCGCGGGGGCCCGCCUCGCGUUAAACAAACAGCCCGGGAGUGACUGUCAAAAGAAAGCGAUUAUUUUUUUAAAAAUGAAAUAAGUGAUCGGGGUAAAAGGGGGUAUUUUUAGCCUUGCCGUUUCAUGUCAGAAAGUAAGAAAUGGGGGAGAGUGUCGGAGCACCAGACCGCUGCAGUUACUUUUUACGUCAAGUCCAACCCGUACAUCGAACCCCUUUUUGAGUUCUACUGUUAAGUGUUUUAUUUAUUACAGGGCUGCUAUUUUCAUAAAUGAACAAUUUCACAAAAUCUGUUUAAGAGUAGCCCGUUGAAUCCUCUUCACCGUGUUUCCACAGAUUGGCUUCCCAGGCGAUGCUUUAUUUUUGGUAAAAAUGUAGGCAAAAAAUAAUAAAAGAAUUCUGACAAAUGUUUAACACUAACUCAGAUUUUAGGCUGCAAUUGUCAAUCCAUAGCUCGAGUUAAGAUCCAGUCUGAAUGUACAUUUUUGUAUAGUAUAAAGUAUUAAGAGCCUCGAGGGGCGACUCUUCACCUGUUGGCAUCAAAUCUAAAUAGGAGUCAACAGGAGGCAGUUGAUUUAUCUAAAAAGUGAAUUAGUGUUGCCCCCUCCUCCUUACUUUGUUUUCUCCAUUGUUUUUCCUGAUAGGGCCUGGGGGAGGAAAAGCUGUGAAAUCAUUCAACAUACCUUUGUAACCAAAGAUGCAAAGCUGUGUAAAUUGAUUAUUUUGAAAUGCACACAUGUAUUUUUUUUUUUUUUUUUGUUACUUCCUCCUUCACAAAAUAUUUUGUUGCUGUUCGGCAUGUUUCUGCAUGAUCUGUAAUCUUCAAACCACUUUCUUACCUCAUUUUUAUUCAGCACUCUUAUUGUAAGAUAGUCUGUGAACAGUGUAAAUGAAUGACGGGGGUUGGGGGUGGGGGGGGGAACGCGGUGCAGCGAGUCCACAGAGAAAAAUAACCUAGUGUUACUGACACUAGUUGCAGAAAAAUGAAGUGAGCCAUGUUUUGUUCAUUUAAAUGGUGUUUGAAUUUCAUAUGCCAAUAGUUUUGUUACAUUGCAAAUUUUAAUGUAUUUAAAUAAAAGCAAUAUUCAGAUUCCAAAA